AUGGAGGUACUCCACCUGGAAGUCCCCUGCAUGCCUGUAGAGAAGAGGGAAACAGGACAUGGUGGGAACAAGCACGUAUUCCUCCCCACAGUAGCCAAUGGGAAGGUAGAAGAAAAAAGCUACCCCUUGCCCUGUCCACGGCAAAAUCUCGGGACAGUGGAUGAGGACAGCUGCUAUUCUCCCUGUCGCAAAUGUACAGUAGGAUUGCUCUGUUUUGUAAGCUUUCUCUGUGAGUUGUGGGACCUUUUGAAAUCAGAUCUGCAGCUGUGGAAGGAGGAGGUGUGGCUCUCAUGGCCUCUGGUUAGAUAA